UUUUUUUUUAAUGCACACGUAUGUAUACCAAUGAAAUAAUCAAAGGAGAUUCUUAACUGUUUACUAUCACAUGAGAACUGGGUGGCGUUUGGGCUAUCUUUGUGACUCUAUUCACAAACCUGUUUAAAUUUGCUUGGUUUGUUACCUAAAGCCCUUAAUUUUUUUUUAUUCCUUUACACAAUAAUGAAAAGCCAAGUCAAUCUCAUUGUGAACUCACUCAAAGACGAAUUGACAUGUGCACUAUGUCAAGACGUCUUUGAAAAACCUCAGGCUUUAUUACCAUGCUUACACACAUUUUGUCUCGAAUGUGUGAGCUCCAUUCCCAGAGAGAACGAAUAUUUUUCAUGCCCUGUUUGUAGGGCAACAGUCAAUCGUUAUACCACGAACUAUGCGUUGCAGAAUAUUAUCGAUAUUUUUAAAAAAGCUGAAGACUACAGUCUCGAAGAAUUGUUGGAUCGUAGCACAAGUUCCACACCUACAAGGACCAUCGAAAGUUUAAACAUUGAUGGGCCUUCUGGUGAAUCUUCAUCAUCCUCAUCACCAGCCGAAAUCACAAAUACCAAAAAGUCAUGCCGCUCUUGCCGCCCAAUAAACGGAACAGGUUAUAUUUGUGAUGUCCCUAUAACAGAUACCGUACAAAAUGGUUUCGGGCACAUUUUUUGUGGGUAUUGUUCCGAAUAUUUGCCUGCUAGAGGUCCUGGAGGAAAUGAACCGGCGUUGAAUCAGUGUUGUAGUUUUUGUGGAGUCGUAGCUUGUGAUAAAUAUUGGGUGUGUAAAAACAAAGGAAAAGAAGCAAAACUAUACAUACUUAGUGAGAUAUCGGCGGUAGAGGAAUAUAUAAAAGACGUGGAAGUGAUCGAUACAUUGGCAGACGGACAUUUGAACCAUUCAGAAAUUCGAUUGCUUAAAGACUAUCUAGAUAGAAGCCGACUUACAUGGAACGAAGCAUGGGCAACAUGUUUAUCGGACUUUAAUGAUAAUCACUACACAACAGCUAUUGCAAGAAGAUUAACCCCAUUAGCUCAACAGUUAUAUAAUACACGUCGUCUUGUAAAUUUCGGUGAUUCUAGUACUGCAAUAGAUGUUGAUGAGGAAGAUGAAUAUUAUGAUCGAAUGGGAGAGGAUGGCAUUUUACCCUCAGAACAUUUGCACGCAUGUUACGGGUGCGCUGUCACAGUAGUUAAUGGGCAAUUUUAUGGAUUCUGGAAAGAAGUAGUCGAAAAUGGUUUGCAAAGAGAUUUACGAGAAAAGUGUCCACACGGAACUCUUUGUGAAUCACAAUGGAGAACCGAAGGUGUGCAAAACGAGAUUGCAUAUUCUUUUAAUAUUAACCAUUUGCUUUAUAGGCCACGCAGAAAGAUUAUCUCAUAUCGAGACAGAAGGAACAGGAUUGACAGUCUAUCGAAAUUCCAGCGAAUUUUAUGAAAUUUACGAUGAAUUCAACG